UGUUUGGUCAAAAAUAGUAUUUUUUCUUAACGGCUCAUUUGGGGCAUAUAUAAGAGUUUUAAUGAUUAAUUAAACAUUUUCUACUGACGUUUGCACCUUUGUUCCCCUGUGUGAUAAAAAUAGACCGAGAACAAAUUUAUUUUAUUUAUAUGAAGACGAACAGCGUUAGAUAAUUGCCGGCACGGGGUUAAACGAGGGCUGGUGCAUUCUAAAAGUAUAAUGGGGGCAGGUGCAUUAAAUGCAGGUGGUUCAAAACACGCGUCGGUCGGUGCAUAAACUUUUUUCUUUAUGUACAGAUGCAAGUCAGCGUCAUAUGAUGCACGAAUUCUAGGACGUAGGACUGUUAAUACAGAUAAUAAUAGACCAAGGACUUCGAGUCAUAAAUAAAUUGCCACACGUAUUUCCUCUGAAACACACACUUAACUUAGAUGAGUCACGGAUUUUUCGAAAUCUCGUUUCCGGGUUUACCAAUAUUUCUCGAAGUUAAUUAAAACCAUUAUUCUGACGUAUCGAUUGACGUCAUAAAUACACGUCAAGUGUUGUAUACAGAUGUCAAAACCGACAUAACCUCAAUCAUUUUUGUAGACGUAUAAAAUUUGAAAUGUUAAGAUGUGUUCUUUGAUAGUACUCACUAUGAUGGAGAUUACGUAGUUUAAAUUAAAAUCUCUGCGAUGAACUACUUAGUAAUCGUGAUAUCUAUUCUUUUAUCUGUGAUAUGUGUUUUAUUAGCCCUGCUACAGCAUUACUACUUCAUUAGCAAAAUAGACAAAAAGUCGCCAAUAAAAUACGAUGUUCCUGUCUUCGAAGAUUUAAUACCUUCCGAAAACGAUAAGAAAGUUCAAAUCCUUUACCCCAUACAAAAAUUAUCCUAUGAUGAUGAUCCACACGAGGAUGAUCUGGUGCUAAACCAACUGACUUCAGUAUUAGAACCAGAAAAAGUAGACGCCAGAAAUGUUAUCGACACCACCAAGUACCGGGGCUUUGAUUCGGAGGUCUACAACACGUUACAAGCAGCCAUUGCUUUCAAGCUCUCGGGUAAAACUCACAAGGCACUCAAACUGUUCGAACACGCAGCUGCCAUAGCCCCCGAGAACGCCGACGUCUUAAAUAAAUACGGGGAGUUCCUAGAACAAACGCAGAGAGAUAUUGUCACUGCUGAUGAGUUUUAUUUUAAGGCUUUGACCUACUCACCAGACCAUCAGGCGGCCUUGGUGAACAGAAAGAGGACUGCUCAAGUCGUUGAGGGUUUAGAUUUUGACUUGUUCAGAAAAAUUGAUACUAGGAAUGACUUUUUAAAGACGCGUUUUAAGUUGGAUUCUUUCGAGGCUGUAAAGAAGCAAGCAUAUUAUCUACAUAUCUAUCACACGGUCGGAAUAGAAGGGAAUACAAUGACUGUACAACAACUACGUUAUUUAUUAGAAACUGGACAAGUAGUAAAUGGCAAGAGUAUAGUUGAACACAAUGAAGUGCUUGGUUUAGAAAAGGCAAUGCAGUACAUAAAAUAUCUAGUUAAAGAGGAUUACAUAGGAGUCAGAGAAAUAUUGGGGAUACAUAGGAGAGUCAUGGGGCAUGUUGAUCCCUUAAAAUCCGGUGUAUUUCGUGAUGAAAAGGUUUUUGUGGGGAGCCACAUCCCUCCAAGUCACGAACUGGUUCCGUCCCUGAUGGAGAGUUACGUCGAGUGGUUGAACUCUGAAGAAGCUCAAAGUAUGCACCCUGUUCGAUAUGCUGCCUUAGCCCAUUAUAAAUUGGUGGAUAUUCAUCCUUUCGUUGAUGGAAACGGACGCACAAGUAGAUUAAUUAUGAAUUUGAUUUUAUUGAAGGCUGGAUAUCCACCAGUUAUGGUACUGAAGGAGCAGAGAGAAAAGUACUAUGAUACUUUAAAAACUGCCAAUAUGGGCGAUGUAAGGCCUUUUGUGAGAUUUGUAGCACAAUGUACAUUGCAAAUUUUAGACAUGUAUAUUUAUGGGACUAGGCUGUUAUCUAUUGAUGGUGUUUCUGAGAAUGAACAUCAGAUUAUAAACUAUUAAUGUUUGCCAAAUAUUUAUUUUUAUUUAUACAUUGUAUAUAUGUUUCCUGAGAUUUGUCUGUGAAUAUACAUAUUAAUAUUC